CACCGGUCCCGGCAGCCUGUCCUGCUCCUUCACUGUGACUCUGCAAAACAGCGGGGCGGUGGCGGUGACGAUGGCGAUGGCCGGGCCGGGAGGAAGCAGAGGGGCCCGGCUGGGUGCUGUGCUGCUCCGGGCGGAGCGGCAGGCUCGGCUGGGUGGACAAGAGGAAGGACGAAGCCAGCUCCUGGCAGCAGCCAUGGCCGAGGCCGGGGACCGCAGCAUCCACACGCAGCACAUCUCAACUGUGCACAACGUGCCCAUGCGUGUCCUCAUCCGGCCCAUCCCUGCGGAGCUGGAGCCGGGCAAGGUGCAGAGCCUGGUGGAGACCCUGCAGGAGGAUCCCGAGCGGGUGCCCCCCAUCGACGUGCUCUGGAUCAAGGGCAGCAGGGGGGGGGAUUACUUCUACUCCUUCGGGGGCUGCCACCGCUUCGCCGCCCACAGGGCCCUCAACCGGGACACCAUCCCCGCCAAGAUCAUCCCCUCCACCCUCAGCGACCUCCGCACCUACCUGGGCUCCUCCACGCCCCACCUGCGCUAGCCCGGCACCCCGGUGGGUGCACGGCCCGCCGCAGCCCCCCGCCCCGGUGGGUCCCCGUGGGCUGAGCUGGGCCUGAGCCUGGGUCCCGGUCAGCCUCCGCUGAGGAUGGGGUCAGCGUGUCCCGGCCCUGGAGGUGGUGGUGGGGGUCCCGGGGUCCCUGCGGGGGUGGGCUCUCCCCGCGCCCCCCCGGCCGGGAUGGGGUCGGGAGCCCGCUGGCGCCCGGCGCGGCGCGGCGCGGCCGGCAGGUGGCGCCAUUGUGCCGCGCUGAGCCGCCCCCAGCGGCCGCGGGGAGCGGGGCGGGAUGGACCGGGAUGGACCCGGAAUGGCUGGGACGGGAUGGGAUGGGAUGGACCAGGAAUGGCUGGACCGGGAUGGGACAGGAUGGACUGGGGCACAGCUCAACCGGGACGGGCUGAACUGGGACAGGACGGGCUGAACCAGGAUGGGAUGGACUGGGAUGGGACGGGAUGGACCAGGAAUGGCUGAACUGGGACGGGCUGAACCAGGACAGGAUGGACUGGGACACGAAAGGAUGGACCAGGAAUGGCUGAACUGGGACGGGCUGAACUGGGAAUGGCUGAACCUGGAAUGGCUGAACCGGGACAGGCUGAACCGGGACACACUGGAACUGGGCCAGGUCACAGCCCAUCCAGGGCACAGCUGAACUGGGAGGGGAUACAGGCAAUCCAGGACACAGCCAUACCGGGAGGAGGCACAGCCAAACCGGGCACAGCCAGUUCCCAGGCCUCCCCCAGCAACUCUGGGCUCACCCUGUGUCUGGACCAGGAGGACCCUGGGCUGUGCCUGCCCCAGAACCGCCUGCCUCCAUCCCUGGACACAUCCUGUGGUCCCCCUCUCUGUGGGGGACACCUCCAAAAUGGCGGGGUGGGGACACUCGCUGCUGCACCUGGAAUAAAGGUGAUCAAACGCC